AUGGACUGUCAGAAGGUGGGCGCUCCGCCGGAGGUGGUGGCGCGGAUGGCGGAGGUCCGGCAAGAGUUCGAGGCCAGACAGAGGGCUACGGCGGCCGGAGAUGGUUCUAAAGACCCCGAACUCGACCAAUUCAUGGAAGCUUACUAUGACAUGCUUGUGAAAUACCGAGAGGAGCUGACAAGGCCAUUACAAGAAGCCAUGGAGUUCAUGAGAAGAAUCGAAACACAACUCAACAUGCUCACUAAUGCUCCUCCUCGGAUCUUCAAUUCUGAGGAGAAGUGCGAGGGAGUGGGCUCAUCGGAGGAAGAGAUGAGCGGUGGUGAAUUGGGAUCAGUUGGGGAGAUCGACCCACGUGCAGAGGAUCGUGAGCUUAAGAACCACCUUUUGAAAAAAUACAGCGGCUAUUUAAGCAGCCUCAAGCAAGAGCUGUCCAAGAAGAAGAAGAAAGGCAAACUUCCCAAAGAUGCGCGUCAAAAACUCAUCAACUGGUGGGAAUUACACUACAAGUGGCCCUAUCCUUCGGAGUCGGAGAAGGUGGCAUUGGCUGAGUCGACCGGGUUGGACCAGAAACAGAUAAACAAUUGGUUCAUUAACCAGAGAAAACGGCACUGGAAGCCUUCUGAGGACAUGCAGUUCAUGGUGAUGGAGGGCCUCCAUUCCCAGACUGCAGCAGCCCUUUACAUGGAGGGCCAUUAUAUGGGCGAGGGCCCGUACAGGCUGGGCCCGUGA